UGCUUUAUUUCACGUCCGUGGCUUUGAAUUGACCGAGUUUUGUUUAUUUAUUUUUAAUUUGAAGCACGAAAUUCCGAAAAUCUAGUUUCUAUUUCUACUCAUAUUUGUGUUUUUCGGAUUCUCACAAGUGUCUGUUCGAUUUUCUUGAAAAGUGUCAAUAAUGUAGCUCAAAAAUGAAAAGAAAACAAGUGUAAAAAAUCGCUUGGUGUUUAGUUUAUCAAAACAAUAAAUAAAAAAUAAAAAAAAUACAAUACAAUAAUAACUUUGAGCUAUAUAAGUCUAUAGUAAUAUAAUAAUUACUCGUAAUUUAAAUCACAACCAUGACCGUCAACUUGAGUCCUUCGCGUAAUGUCUCAUACGACCAAGUUAAAACUAUAAUAGACUUUAUGGGCCAACACGUAGACUUCGCCGCAGGCAGCUUGCGCUCGUUAGAAGCUAGGCAUGCUUCCAAAACACUGUGGAACGAAUUAACCAAGACUUUGAACGACUCUCGAACUGGGGCGAGGAAAUCUUGUGAUGGUUGGAGUAAGUACUGGAGUGACUUCAAAAGUAAACUCAAAAACAAAGUCAGCAUUCUCAAAAAGAAAAAGAGAUCUGGAAGUUCACAAAGUAAGAACAUCAAGCCAUUGACAAGAUUGGAAAAAAGGGCCCUAAUUAUAUUGGGCCCACAUUUUGAAAGGAAAAUCUGUAAGAUCCAAAUAGACACAUUUAGUUCUAACAACCCACCAGAGGUGAAAUUGGAAGGGCACAAUGAAAAUGGACACAAUACAUUUUCAAACAAUCUUAGUGAAAGCAGCGAGAAGCAAUCAGAUGAAUCUAAUGACAGUGAAGACUCAAAUGAAGAUUUUGAAGAUAAUUUGGAUGAGGAAAAUGAGCCUAUCCUACAUAGCAUAUACCCAAAAUGGUUAGUUGAAAUAGAGAAGAAGCGCGCCGAAGCGGACCUUACUCGCGCGAAAGCUGAACAACUAAGGGCUAAUAUAGCAGCUAAGAAUUCCGAUGCAGCCCGGGUACAGGCAGAUGCUCUGAAGAGAAUGGCAGAUGCAGCGGUUCUACAGGCUGAAGCUCUUGCUAAAAUAGCUACUUUAUUGGACAACAAUGCACUGAGACAAAUUGUACCUUUUUGACUGCAUACAUAUUCAUCAGAUCCCUUACAGGGCACAUACCUUUCUCCUACAGGAGAGGAGCAUUUUUUAGUUGUUCCCUCUACUCUGUUUUGAUGUUUGAUGUAACUAUUGUUAAUGACAUUAGAUGGCUUGACGUGCUGACUGAGUUCCUAACUCGUGGAGAAUUUAUAUUCGUAACACACUGCCCAAUACAGACUUUAUGAGCUAGCACUGCUAUUCACUGACCUGAGAUGGUUACAUCUAAUAACUGACUCGUCCAGUGUUAAAAUAACAGAUAUAAGAUUUAACUAGAUGUAUAACAUUCUGGGCUAGAUAAUAUUCCACCAAUCUUCUUCAAAUCAACUGCUGAUACAAUUUGCAAACCAUUGUGCAUAUUGUACAGCAUGUGCCUUCAACAAGGCACAUUCCCUACAAAAUGGAAGAUGGCACGAAUAGUACCAGUGCACAAAGGAGGAUCUAAGAAAGAUGUGGAAAACUAUCGCCCAAUUUCUAUAUUACCUGUGCUCGCUAAACUUUUCGAAAAAAUUAUACACAACGCCAUUUAUCGUACAAUUCACAAAAUUGUUAUACCACAGCAACAUGGUUUUGUUCUUCAGCGAUCCACGGUAACAAACCUCCUGGAAUUCACCUCUAAAUUAUUUGAAAGCUUAGACAACAACAGACAAACUGAUACUAUAUACACUGAUUAUCAAAAGGCAUUUGAUAGGGUAGAUCACAAAAUGUUGCUUGUAAAACUAGCUUAUAACGGUAUAUGUGGUAAUUUAUGGAGAUGGUUUAAAUCGUAUAUAACAAACCGUACUCAGAAAGUGGUUAUUAACGGUUAUGAAUCAGACAUAGUUGUGAUUACGUCCGGUGUUCCACAAGGUUCUAUCCUAGGACCUCUAUUAUUUAUCAUUUUUAUCAAUGACAUUUAUAAAUGCUUUGUCCAUAGUAACUUUCUACUAUACGCCGAUGACCUUAAAAUAUUUAAAACUAUCGAAAUGCCGGAUGAUCAUCACAACCUUCAAGCUGACUUAGAUAGAUUUACAGAAUAUUGUUUGAGAAAUAAACUUAGUUUAAGCCUAAAUAAAUGUAAAUAUAUCACUUUUACGAAGAAAAAAUUCGUAAGUAACUUGAACUAUUCGCUCUGUGGUGUUAGUCUCGAAAAAGUUAAUACUAUCAAAGAUCUUGGAGUUACAUUAGACUAUAAACUACACUUGGACAUACAUAUUGAAAACAUUAUAAAUAAAUCAUAUAAAAUGUACGGAUUUGUAAUGAGAGCAAGCAAUAAUUUCAAGAAAGCAUCAACAUAUGUUCAUCUGUACAAAACACUAGUUCGUUCACAACUAGAAUAUGCUGUUGCUAUUUGGAACCCUCAUUAUGAAAAAUAUGUUAAGAGCCUUGAAACUGUUCAGAUAAAAUUCUUAAGGACUAUGCACUACAAAUGUACGAGAAACCGCUUAUGACCAACUUUUAAAAAGAUAUAAACUGCUCGACUUAAAAUCAAGACAUAAGCAAUUGGAAGUCAUGCUUUUAUACGAUCUGUGUCACAAUAAAUAUGAUUGUACAGCUUUAACGCGUAAACUCUGCUAUAGUGUGCCAUAUAAAAUGCGUGCACGUAGUGGUCGCGAACAUCGACUGUUUGCAACUACUAGGUGCCGCACAAAUGCAGGUAAACGGUCACCAAUAGUAAGAAUGACACAGACGUAUAAUAAGCACUUCAAAAACAUAGACAUUUUUGCCAGUCGAGUAGGUACUUUUAAAAAGUUGGUCAUCAGUACACUUAAAAGCGAUUAAUAAUUUUACUAUUUAUUUAUAUACUUUUUUUUAUUGUAAUUGUGUCAUUUCUUCUUUUGUUUUUUUUUAUUUCAUUAUUUACUUUUCUUUGUAUAAAAGCACUUUGUUAGAUAAUUUAAUUUGAAUAUCAUUUUUAUCAGCCCCAUCUACAUUUUGUAUAAUUACUCGUGGAUAGAGAUGUGGGUUGUGUAUGUAAACUAUUUGUUUUUAAAUUUACUUUAAGUUUUGUAAUAUAUAUUAUUGUACACAACUGUUUUCGAUCACAAAUAAAUAAAAUAAAAUAAAAUAAAAAUGACAAUUCUUUGUAUUUAAACCACAUAAGCUUUUAGCUAUGUCUGUUCUGUGGUUAAAAUAACUAGAUGAAAAUAUUUAUUAUGUGUCAUUGUGUCUACUGAUUAUUCUAUAAUGUGUGUUGUAUCUUAGUUUACAUUAUUGUAUUCAUACUGCCAAGUUCUUUGGCAUACUGGUACAAUAUGUCAGGCAAACCAGAGCUUAAAACUGUAUAUAAACCGUUGUUCAAGUUAGCAUGAUAAUUAAGAUCUUUACUUGCAUUUAGUGCACAUAGAGUGCUGUUAAGUGCUACUUGAUAGAUGAAAAAUCAUAAUAGUUUCCAUUAUUAAUUGGUGCCACCAUUCAUCUAUAUCAGCCAAUAAACUGUUGGACAUAUGGCCUGUAUGUAUAAGGAAUAAGGAAUUUCAAUUACCAGUCUUAGGCUACCAGUCCACCGAAGCGGAGCGGAGAAAUGGGGAAAUAUUAUUAACCAAUAAUAUUUCUCCGCUACACUCCCUCGUUCCUCUCGUUCCUUUGGGGGUAUAAGGCAGCCGUCUUAUACCCCCAAAACACUACUUGUGAUUUAAUACAAAAAAAAUUUGCCUCACCUCGCCUUGUUUGACUUCUAAUAAUUGUUAAUGUCAAAGGUGUCAAAGUGAUCUGAGUUUUGAACACAAAGAGCCUCAUUACAACACAAACUUAUCUCACAAUGGCAAGUAGUGUAUUUGAGGCUUUAAGCUGCCAGCAUCCAGUAGUGGAACUAGCUCCCUCCCUGCAACUAGCUUGUUAUUGCUGGUCCACAGAUACAGCCAAUAAAAAAACCAAUGCACUUAAGAUGUACAUGAUGAUGAGGGUAGAAAGUUGCUGCUUAUUACAGUCCAUUCAUAAUGUACUACUACUCAUGAAAUAUAUAUCUAGUUAAAUUAAUAAAAGAUAGUAAAGAAACCUUGAUUCAUAUCAAUUGUUAAAUAUAUUUAUCUCUAUGUUGUACAUAUUUACAA